UCUUCUGCUGCUUCUUACCGAAGUGAUUUAUAAAGUUAGAGCAGCUAAUAAAACCCGAACCGCUGACCUUAGCCAAGUAAAUGCGAUACGAGUCUCAUUUCGUCGAUUUAUAUUUGUAAGUAACUUGUUCUUAAGCUGUUCAAACAUUUAAAAUGUAUUUUAUUUUAGGUUUUUCUUCGGGUGGUCUCCAUAGACGCAGGUCUCAGGUACAUCAGAAGUGUCUGCUGAGUGUCUGUAGCGUCCCGUGGACACCCGUCCAUGAGCUCUUUGUUUGACGUAGAUCUUUGUUUGCUAUUUUUGUCGGUAACGCGCUUGCGUCUGCGUGCUCGCGCCUUUUGUAACAACAGGUGCGUUGCGCCCGAUGAUGUCACUGCACCGGAAGACAAACCACAGCAGCAGGAUAAUAUGACUAAUUCAGCAGAGAGCUCAUCCAACAUGGAGGAUUUCUUUCAAACGGUGGGGGAGGUGAGGAGCCUGAUAGAAAAUCUCUCCAGUCAAGCAGAGGAGGUGGAGAGCAGACAAGCUACCAUCCUUUCCUUCUCUAACCAGGACAAGGGAAACAAAAAUGAGCUGGAGUUGCUGAACAACGAGACCAGGAAAACUGCCAACUUGGUCCGAGCCAAGUUAAAAUCGAUGAGGGAAAACUGGCCCCCAGAUGAGAAUAGUGCUAAUGCUUCAGUAAUCCAUCGUAUUCAAAGGAAUCAGCACUCACACCUGACUCGCUGGUUUGCUGAAGUCAUGAGGGGUCAUCAUGAGGCACAAAUGUCCUUCAGGGAAACAUGCAAAGCAAAAAUUCAAAGACAGCUGGAGAUCAUGGAUAAAGUGACAACAGAUGAAGAGUUGGAGGAAAUGCUGCAACGUGACAAUCUCACCAUCUUCAUAUCUGAUAACAACUCUGACUGCCGCAUAACAAGUCAAGCUGUGACUGAGAUUGAAAGGCGCCACCGGGACAUAAUCAGCCUGGAGUGUGGCGUAAAAGAGCUGCACGAGAUCUUUCAGGACACUGCCCUGCUGCUGGAAACUCAAGGGGAGCUGAUCAACAAUAUAGAAAAGAAUGUCACCAGUGCUGCAGAGUAUGUCGUUGACUCAAAAGAAGAAACAAACAAAGCAGUCUCCUUCAAGAAAAACCGAUACAAGAUAGCGUCCCUGCCGAGGUUCUUAAAGCCCUUCAAGAAAGAUAAUAGCAUUUGACCAGCAGAUGUAUGAACCUCCACCAUGACUGAACUAGAUGAUCGUGCUCUUAGGAACCAUUCUUAUUUAUCCAGGUUCCCAUGGGCUCUUUGGAAAUCUGCUAGAUGCACAUUUAUGUUUUACCCUUGAACAGAAAAUGGGAUCUGGUGAAAAUGACUGAAGGAAUGCUGCAGAGAACCCUUACUGUGGACUGAGAAACUUGAAACAGUCCAUCAGUCUUUUUAUUACAAUAUUUUUUUUAUAAAGCCUGCUUUUAAUUUGACUGUAGUUCUUUUAAAUGUCAACCAGCAGAUGGCAGUAGAACAUAAUUAUAGCUACAGCUGCAAUGCAAACCUGAUUGUGUCUUUUGUUGUCCUUUUUUGUAUAAUUGUACUUUUAGAUAUGACUAUUUUAGUGUUGAAAUAAACAUUUUAUGAUGAUAACCAUAUAAAACUGUUGUGUUUUACGUAGGCAAACUAAAACAUGACAAUGUUGUGAGGUUCAAAGGUUAAUGGAAAUUUUCGGUUGGCACAGUUUAGACUUUUGAUAUGAAGCUAUUUUUAG